AAGAAAAGAAGGAAGGAAUAAGAAAAAAAAAAAAAAGAAUGCAAAUGAGGAAAAAAAAAAACCAACAACACAAAAACAAAAAAAAAUUACAGAAGACAAAAGAAUUGAUAUUGAGGGUCGCGGGUGGGUUGACGAGCUAAGCAAAACACUACCAGUUCUUUGGGCUUUUGCUACCACCGGAAGAAGCAGUUUAUAUAAUACACACAGUACUACUAGCAAUUCCAGUUAGCUGCACUUCAGUAAACAGUCAUUCAUACAAAGGCAAAUGUCAGAACCUCAAGUUAUGUACAUAAAAACAGAAGACGAUGAUGAUGAUGAUAAUAAAGAGAAUUUAAAGAAGAAAAUAAAAUACUUAGAAGAAGAGAAUGAUACGUUGAAGAAAGCUCUUGAACAGCUCCAACAGCUGCAAGGCAAAUGUUGCGACUGGUGUGAGUUGUUGAUGCCAAAUUCAGACCAAGAACGAACAGUGGUCAGCAAUUGGCUGGAAAGUGUUUUAAUAGCCAUCAAAAGCCAACGAGAGAACUCUGAAAUUGUUGUUGAAGAUACAACUAGCAGAUAUGUACCGUCCCUGCCAGCGGCACCCCCUCCAGUUGCUGCUCCGUCCCCUCCACCUACUCUUCCUCUACCUCUUUCUCCUUCAAAUCCAGCCAUGAAUCUCCAGCCACUGUUAGUCGAGGGAACAGCCAUGACAAAGUCCCUUCCAAUAAAUUACAUGAAGUUAAAAGCAAUUCUACGAGCAACAAAUGAACGACUCGGAGAUAAAAUGAAAUAUCUUUUAAACAAGUUGGUUGAUGCUAUGUUCACACGCGAUGAGCUGGUGGCAGCUAGUGGCCUAGGGCUACGGACACAGAAAGACAAACAACACACACCACUUGAUAGGAAGAAAUUAACUGCCAUAAAAGAGUUCCUGGCAGAGUUUUCUGACAGAAAGAAUAUUAAGAUGAUGGAUUCACGGACGUUUCGGGUAACAGUGGGGAAUAAAAUCACAAAUGCACGCAGGAACUUACGGAACGAGUUCAAGAUUGACCAAAUUGCUGCAAACAUAAGCUCAUGAGAAUGUCUCUAUUACGAAGUCGACAUCUAUAAACUUUAAUAAAUAUUCUUUGCCUUGCUUUUGUGCCAAAAUUAACCGAUCCAAAGAAAACGGUAACUUUUUUCAUUGGGAACAAACAAUACAAAACAAUUGUUGCCGUUUCUUUGACACUUAAAAAACAAACAAACCCCAGUUGUUUUAUGGUUGAGUAUUCCAAAUCUGAAUCUUAAUUCGGAAACUAAAAUCAAUAAACAGCAGCAACAUGGCAAUGAUGAGUUGACAAGAAUCGGUAGAGCAUCGGACGAAAUGCUUUGUGGUGUAUAGUUUGGUGCUUCACUUAGUGAGUUCAAAUCCUGCUGUGGUCAGUUGUGCUUUACAUCCUUCCAGGGGGCCAAUAAAAUAGAAUGCUGGUCACGUAUUAGGGGUUGAUUUGAUUGACUGUAACCCCUUGUUCAAAGUUUAUGGCCUUGUGUUUAUGUCCUUAUUGCUGAAAUUCUUGUUUGUUUCAAUCAUUGGACUGCAGCCGUACUGGAGCACUGCCCUGAAGGGCUUAGUCCAGUGGUUCCCAAACAUCUUGGGGCUGCUAUCCCCUUGGCGAUUGGGCCACAUUCCUAGCCCCGCCACCUCCCACUCACCACCACAAACGUACACCACUUUCUGCAACAAACCCUAAACAACUGUAUUUCACAAAUAAAACUUGAACUAAUUAACCCAUUA